AUGACAACGGCUUCUUGCGGUGGCGGCAAACUUUCGACGAUGGCGGCUGGCGGCAAGCAAUGGUGGCAAUGGAUUGAUAGUGGUGGUGGAGUUAAUGAAGAAAGAGAGAAAAUAAAAUUAGGAUUUGGAGAGCAGCAAUCAAAGAACAACCGGAUCCAAGUGUGGCUUGAGGACCUCAAAGACAUCCUUUAUGACAUCGAAGAUGCCGUGGAUCAAUUCGAUUGCGAAGCAUUGAGAAGGCAAGUGCUGAAAGAUGCAGAGAAUACUUGCGUAAAGGUAAAACGUUUCUUUUCAAGCUCUAAUCCACUUGCAUUCCGCUUCAGAAUGGCCCAUAAACUAAAGAGCAUUAGGGAGAGAGUAGCUGAAAUUGUUAAACUUAAGUCUGAUUUUGGUCUGACUGAGGGGGUCAACGGUACGCCAGUCAUUCGCGGGGAGAAGAAAUUGACCUACUCCUUUGUGGAUGUUGCUACUGUUAUUGGGAGGGACUAUGAUAAAGAGAUGAUCGUCGAUCAUUUAUUGAAUCAUGUCGAUGUUGAGAAUAUCUCUGUUCUUCCAAUUGUGGGGAUUGGAGGUCUGGGGAAGACUACACUAGCUAAGCUGGUGUAUAAUGAUCAAAGGGUAAACAGUCAUUUUGAGAUGAAGGUUUGGGCAUGCAUCUCAGAUGACUUUGAUUUGGAAGAAGUUCUUAGAAAAAUCAACCUGGCUGCCACAGGUCGAAAAUGUAUAGAUUUGGGCAUAGAACAAUUGCAAGCAUUAUUGAGGGAGACAAUUCACAAUAAAAAAUACUUGCUCAUCUUAGAUGAUGUGUGGAAUGAUGACCCUCGAAAAUGGAAUGAAUUGAGAGAUUUGUUGAUGGGGGGUGCCAAUGGAAGUAAGAUUCUAGUUACGACAAGAAAACAUAGUGUUGCCUCACUCAUGGCUAGUGUUCCACCUUACAAUUUAAAUGAUCUUUCUUAUAACAAUUGUGUGUCUUUAUUUCUCAAAUGUGCAUUUAAAGACCCACGUGAUGUGGAACGCUAUCCCAAUCUUGUAAAAAUGGGUGAAGAAAUUGUAAGAAAAUGCAAAGCAGUUCCUCUAGCAGUAGUAACAUUAGGAAAUUUGCUUUAUUCCAUUACUAAGGAGCACGAGUGGAAAUAUGUAAGGGAUAGCGAGAUUUGGAAAUUAGAGCAAAAGGAAGAUGAUAUAAUGCCCGCGCUAAGAAUAAGUUAUGAGCAGUUGCCAUCUAACUUGAAAAAAUGCUUCGCGUACUGUUCAUUUUUUCCAAAGGAUUAUAGAUAUAGUGAUUCGUUAUUGACUUAUUUUUGGCGGGCGCAUGGGCUUCUUCAGUCUAAGAAUGAGAAUGAAGAGUUAGAAGAUGUUGGAUUGCGUUACUUCGAAGAGUUAUGUUCCAGAUCCUUUUUCCAAGAUGUUGAGCAAUUGUUUGGUUUGGUUAGUUGUAAAAUGCAUGAUUUGAUGCAUGAUCUUGCAUCAUCAUUGAUACAAAAAGAGUGCUCAAUAGUAACAUCAUCAACCCGACAAGUACCUAGAAAUGUUCGGCAUUUGUUAUUUGCUAACCCUAAUUCACUUCCUGAAAGUCUCCCUGUGAUCUUACAAGGUUUAGACAGUGUAAGAACCAUUGCAUUUUAUGUUGACUCAGGCUUUAUUAGCCAGUCAUUCAUCGAGACAUUGUGUUUGCCAAGGUUUCAAUUUCUGCGGUACUUGGAUUUGAGAAGUUCUCAAAUAGAGAUACUGCCGGAAGGUAUUGGUAUGUUAAAGCAUUUGAGAUUUCUCAAUUUAUCUGUUUGCAACAUAACAAGACUGCCAAAUUCUGUUUCCAAGUUACAGAGCUUACAAACUCUAUGGCUUUUUGGCUCUUCUAAAUUUGAAGAGUUACCCAGUGACAUGAAGUUAUUUGUCAGUCUUAGAUCUCUGUCAAUAACCACAAAGCAGAAGGUUUUGCCUAAUAAUGGAAUAGGUUGUUUAAAAUCUCUUCGAGUUUUGACUAUUUCUUCAUGUGAAAAUAUAGAAUUCUUGUUUGAAGAUAUGCAGGGUCUAACCAGCCUUCGAAGACUGGUUAUCGCGAAAUGUUCCAGCUUAAGAAGUUUUCCGCAGAGUAUAAAGUAUCUAACUUCAUUAGAGAAACUUUCUAUCGCGGAUUGUAAGAACUUCGAUUUGGAAAUUGAGGAGGAAGAGAGCAAUAAUCAAAGUCGAUUCUGCCACCUUGAAAUUCUGAUACUUAUAGGUCUACCAAAAUUGGUGGAAUUGCCACGGUGGCUUCUCAAUAGUUCCAGCAGCACUCUUCAAUUCUUACGUCUUGGACGUUUACCCAACAUGAAAGAGAUGCCUGCUUGCGUCACUGGUCUUCAAGAAAUAAAUAUAUUUGAUUGUGAAUCAUUUACAGAAGAUUUGUCCAAGAUUUCUCAUGUCCCCAAAAUUAGUAUUGAUGGCAAGGUGUUCAGCUACAACCGACAAGAAGUUUAAUUAUCUAGUAUUCGAUCACUGUAUUGGUGCCGAUCAGUUUUGUAUGGAGUCGAGUAUAAUAUGUGGAUAGUACAGCUGUUCUUGCUAAGUUUGAAUGUUGAUAGUACAGCUGAUCUUACUAAGUUUGAAUGUUGAUAAUAAAUGUUUCAUUUUCAUUUGUGGUACGUUUGAUAAUGUAACUUUGUAAUGUGUAUUUGAUUGAGCCCUGUAAUGUUUGAUGGAGACUUGUAAUGUUUCAUUAAUGAGUUUAUUUGAUCGAGUGCUGUGAUGUUUCAUA